CUCACAAAAGUACUCCUGACGUCGUGUACGACGCACGCGAUUUUCAUUCAUACUGGUCUGAAUUUUCCGAACGAGACAAAAUUCCCUCGCAGUUGGAUUCCGUUCUUUUUUUUUAAACAUUUUUCUCUCACCACACGCUUGGUGCUCUUUGUAUGAAUUUUUUAGUGAGAGCUUUUAUGCUACCCCCACUGCUGUGUGUUGUGCCCAUAAUUUGAUAUAGGAGAGACAAUUUUUCACACACGAUAGAAAUAUCCAACAGAUGGUUUAGAAGGAGAAGAAGAAAAAGGUGAAAGUGGGAUUGGUGCAAUUUUCUACAUACAUACAUAGCAUCGAAGAAAUCAAUACUACGUGUUGCAUUGCAUAGAACACUACUUGGCAGUAAAUAGAGUUCCAUUUAUGGUGCAAGCAGGCAGACACUAAAAGUUUGUGCAUUUAGAAAGUCAUUCAGAAGCUCUUCGCUAAGCUGCCUGGUAGUUUUGCUACUCCGCAGUGCGGUCAAGGUUGACGCGAAAAAUCUAAUAAGACUUCUUAAAGAAAAAAAAAUCUCGUUUUGAGAGCUUCUCUUUGCGUUGUGUUGUGGCGACAAUCGCAGCUUUUUGAACGUCACACACUUUGGAGAAUUUCCAGCUCAAUCCGAUCGUCAAAAGCAGAGCUUUUCAUUGUUUGGCGUUGCUGAAGAAGAGAGAAAACGCUCAAUCACGAUGACAGUUACAGUUGCUUCUGAGCCAAUUUGGAAUUUAGAAAGACGUGAAUCAUCGGGGCAUCUCAUAUGGCGUCAGGAUGGCUCAUCGAAAGCCAAAGUACGCUUUCGGUGCGACGUGGAAGUGCUGGAGUAUGUGAAAGAUCCAGCUGAGCAUGAGGAUGAGGAUAGAAAUAAGAAGUUUCACGCUGUUGUUGUUUGUGCAACAUGCGUUGCUGCAUUAGCUGUAACCGUCAUCCUGCCGUGGUUCCUCAUUGGAUCAUCGUGAAUCAUCACAUAAAUCUCCCCAUUUAUAUUACCUACACAUAUUACUAUAUAUAAUAUUAAGGAUCUUACCUUCUGAGGAGAUAUAUAAAACGAAAGAAAGGAAGAAGAAUAAAAAACCCGGGAUUGAGUGAAACAUUCGUGAAAAACAAUGCGUGGUGCGAUUAUUGAGACUGUGAUGUUUUUAAGGACAUUAUGUAAUGAAAUUAGAAUUAUAUAUUAUCUUUUUGUAUAAAAAAAUCAGCUAAAACUUACAAAAAUAUAAACAGAUAAGAAAUAUUGCUAAA